AUGAACCUGCUGUACCUCCUCAUCCUGCUGGCUGUGUACAGACCUGCACAUGGCACCUGGGACAACUGCAAAGGGACCUGUGGGCAGCGGCCCAUGGCUUCUGACUUCAACUCCAUAGCUGCUGACUACAGAAUGAUGACUGGUGCAGGUGCCCUGCCGGGGGCCUGGCCCUGGAUUGUCAGCAUCCAGGACCCCAGGAAAAUAGGCACUGGCCAUACGUGUGGAGGGUCCCUCAUCAGCCCACAGUGGGUCCUCACAGCAGCCCACUGCUUCCUGCAGGCCAGGAACGUCACCAUGUGGCGUGUGCUGAUCGGGGCCACCCAGCUGACCCAUCUGGGCCCCGAGGCCCAGGUGCGCCACAUCAAGCGGCUGCUGGCCCACCAGGAGUACACGGCUGACUCCCAGCAGAAUGACAUUGCCCUGCUGGAGCUGGACGAGCCCGUGGAGUGCAGUGACUACGUGCAGCUUGCCUGCGUGCCCAACGCCUCGCUCACGGUGUCCGAGCUGAAAAGCUGCUACAUUGCUGGCUGGGGUUCUGCCAGUGCAAAAGCUCAGGGUGCCAGCGAUGUCCUGCAGGAAGCCAAGGUCCGUCUCCUGGACAUCCAGCUGGUGAACAACAGCCGCUGGUACGCCGGGACCAUCCACACCCACAACCUGUGUGCUGGCUACCCACGGGGGGCCAUGGACACCUGCCAGGGUGACAGUGGAGGGCCUCUGGUGUGCAAAGACAACCGUGCCAGCUACUUCUGGCUUGUUGGAGUGACCAGCUGGGGAAAAGGCUGUGCCAGAACAAAACGGCCGGGAGUGUACACCUCCACUCAGUACUUCUACAACUGGAUCCUGAUCCAGAUGGGCGUGUGCCCACCCGUAACAGCCACUUCAACACCAGAGUCAGCCUGCAUCUCAAGCCCUCUUGAGCAGCCAGAGCCAACACCAACAGAAUCAGGCUGCUCUACUCCCACUCCAUAUCCACAGUCAGUUGAAACAGAGACUCCAACAGCAGAGCCAAGCUUCAGCUCAAUCUCCUUUGUAGAGCUAGAGCCAGAGGCAGAGGCAGAGGCAGAGCCAGAGCCAGAGCCAACACCAACAGAGCCAGGCUGCUCUACACCCAGCCCUCAAUACCCAACUGCAGCAGCCACACCAGAGUCAGCCUGGACCUCAAACCCCUCUGAAGAGGCAGUGCCAACACAACCUCUCUUGCCCGCUCCACAUCCGUACCAGAUACUGGAGCAAUUCUUAAUUCAGGUGCACCAGAUGCUGCAGAACCUCAUGGGAAAAAAGGCAGGAGGAGAAGGAUGA